UCGGCUUGGCUCGGCAACCGUUGACUGGAGUCUGGAGACGGACUUUCUGCGGUGGCAUAGUUGCUCCGCUUUAUAUGUAAGCGGUGAUGGGUUGGUUGGGUGAGCUUCUCAUGGGAGUCAUCCGAAGCGACCCGCUUUACCUACCAUGAGAAGCUCACCCAACCAACCCAUCGCCGCUUACAUAUAAAGCGGAGCAACUGUGCCACCGCAGAAAGUCCGUCUCCAGACUCCAGUCAACCGUUGCCGAGCCAAGCCGACGGGCCGUCCGUGUAGAACAGGUUCCACCUCUCGAUCAAGUCUGACUUGUAAAGCCAGAGCAGUCACUAUCGCAGUUGCAGUCUGAAAGUAAUUCGUGAUCCCCUUCUUCUCCCAGGUCCAUUCCUUCCGGCGGUAGCUUUCCUGCUUAUGUCGCCUUUGGAUUGGUGAAGAAGCAAGGAGGAAGAAGGCAGAAGCGACCGCUCAGAAAUGGCUUCGUCUAUCUCAACCACCAAGCAAUUCCUCGGAGCUCCAUCUUCAGACGGGUACUCACGUCUCGGGUCGCUCCACUCGCCGUCCAAUCUCUCAUCUUCCUGCCUCCAAAUUCCCGCUCGACCGUCGCGCCUCAAACGACUUGAGAUAAAGGCGACAGGUAAUACAUUUGGUAAUUUUUUCCGCGUGACAACAUUUGGAGAAUCACACGGCGGUGGUGUUGGUUGCAUUAUUGAUGGAUGCCCUCCUCGGCUCCCCCUUUCUGAAUCGGAUAUGCAGGUGGAGCUUGAUAGAAGGAGACCUGGUCAAAGCCGAAUCACAACCCCUAGAAAAGAGACAGACACCUGUAAAAUAUCAUCGGGCAUUGCUGAUGGGUUAACAACCGGAUCUCCAAUUAAAGUGGAAGCUCCUAACACCGACCAGAGAGGACAUGACUACAGUGAAAUGUCACUUGCAUAUCGUCCUUCACAUGCAGAUGCUACUUAUGAUUUCAAAUAUGGAGUGAGAUCAGUACAGGGUGGUGGCAGGUCAUCAGCUAGAGAAACCAUUGGGAGAGUUGCUGCUGGAGCAGUGGCAAAAAAAAUUCUCAAACAUUUUUCUGGUACUGAGAUUAUCGCCUAUGUUUCCCAAGUGCAUAAAGUUGUGCUUCCCGAUGAUUUAGUCGAUCACCAGACUGUCACUCUAGAUCAGGUUGAAAGCAAUAUAGUCCGAUGCCCAAAUCCUGAAUAUGCAGAAAAGAUGAUAGCUGCCAUUGAUGCUGUUCGAGUAAAGGGGGAUUCUGUUGGUGGGGUUGUCACGUGCAUUGUUAGGAAUGCUCCUCGAGGUCUUGGUUAUCCUGUCUUUGACAAACUUGAAGCUGAGCUAGCUAAAGCUUGCAUGUCAUUACCUGCAACAAAAGGUUUUGAGUUCGGCAGUGGUUUUGCAGGCACGUUUAUGACUGGUAGUGAGCAUAAUGAUGAAUUCUAUGUGGAUGAAAAUGGCCGGAUUAGAACAAGAACCAACCGAUCUGGUGGAAUACAGGGUGGAAUAUCUAAUGGAGAAAUUAUUAGCAUGAAAAUAGCUUUCAAGCCUACAUCCACAAUUUCAAGAAGGCAGAAUACAGUGACGAGGGACGGGCAUGAGACUGAGCUCAUUGCACGGGGUCGGCACGAUCCAUGUGUUGUUCCUCGAGCUGUUCCAAUGGUGGAUGCCAUGGUAGCGCUGGUGCUGGUUGAUCAAUUGAUGGCACAAUACGCUCAAUGCAUGUUAUUCCCAAUAAAUCCAGCCUUACAGGAACCCUUGCUCUCACACCCUGAACCAGCGGCAGCCAAUGUUUCCCUUUGAAUGCAUGGUUUUUUUGGUUCCUGCCUUCUUAUUAUUCCACAAAAAUGCAAGUGUUGUUUUGUUAUUAUUAUUUAUAUAUAUACUUGAAUUUUCUGUUUAGCUUCCGUGAAGAAUAAGGCCUUUACUCUGGCAAUUUUAAGGCCCUUUUGUACUUGUAUUGACAGAAGUUAUAGAUACUUGCUAUGUUUUUUCGGUUUCCCUCUUUGGAAUUUGUCUUGGGUUACAAGAAGUAUUACUUGUAUGAAAUGUAAAUGUUGUUAGGAGUCUAAAAAGGUUAUUUAUGUAACUAGUGUAAUUGAUCACAAUUAAAC